AUGAAAUUCACAUCAGUCAUAGCUCCAGGAUUAUUGUUAUCAGUGAUAGCUGCUUCUCCAAUUUUUGCUCCAGCUGCUACUGAAAGCUCAAUUGACUCUAAUGGAACCACAUUCCAAUCGGAUAACUCAACUGAUGUUUCCCUACAAGGAGAGAAAUUUUGUUUCAAGAAAAAACAAAAGGAUAUAUGUCACGGUGGAACCUUUAAGAAGUGUGUUAAAUACUAUAGAGGCAUGCCACCUGAUGGUGAGAGAAUAGGUCCUAAUACUUGUGGUUUCUGGUGUACCACAAUGAAGAAGACUGAGGAUUGUGGGUUUAAUAAGCUUAAAUAUAAUUACCAUCCAGAUUUUGCUUGUGCUGAUGCAGACUUCAGUUGCUGA